AUGUCAUCUGGAUUACCAGCUCUCUCUUGGAAUGUUCAGUACAUCGCAUCAUUUCCGAUUUCUGGCACAUACGGAGAUAGCUUGGGAAAGCGAAUCGAUUCAUACCAGCCGUCUGGAAAUUCAAUACCACAAAACGUUGACUUGUCGAUUUCAGUCCUUGGAAUCAAAAUAAGUUGUGAAAAGAAAUUAGAUGUGGUCGGAUUUGGCUCGGGGGUUCAUUCCGGAACUACAGUGCUUCUUGAGACUGUUCUGAUGGCUCACUCUCUACGACGUGUCACUGAUAUCUCGGCUCGACCUGAAACCCAUAAUGUUGGAUACGUGGCAACCGAACCAAUGGGAAGAACUUAUCGACGUCUGUGCCAUGUUUUUCAUUGUCAAAGUUUCAAAGAGGCCGAAGAAAUAGAGAACGUUCUCCGUAAUGCGAACAACUCCGAACUGUUAACAUCGAAACAACCAAUCAACAAAUCGACAGUUUCAACAUCAUCGAUGCAUCCAACUAAUCCAGCAUCAACAAUGACUGAAAAACGAAGUGCAUCUACAGUAUUUCUCAACCGAUUUUUGGGGAAAAAAGGCAGUCAAACAGUGGAUGAAACUGGACAAUGUAAACGAAAACGUCGUCCAGUAUCAGCUGUCUUCUCAUCAGCAAUUCAUCGUUUAUCGAGUUCAACGUCAUCAGUGAAUCCGAAACGAAUGAGCACCAUUGAACCAUCAGCUCCAUCCCGUGAGCAACUUGUUCAACUCCAGAAUCAGAUGCGUUGUGCUGCUUCGUCACCAGUUCCAGAAGAGCCGAAACCUUCAGAAUUGUGUGCAUCAUCAACUACAACUUCAACAUCUUCUGUUGCAUCAUCUAGUUCAUCGAAUGGUUCAUCGUCUUCCACUGCCACGUCACCAGUUCCACCUAUUCCACAAACUUCGUUGGUUUUUGAUGAAAAGUUGGGAGAAUGGAUAUAUCCAAUUGAUCAAACUUUGAUGACACAACUCGAUAACUGCAGCUAUUUUGUAGGACAGCCAACGAAGGAUUCAAUGGUUUUCAAUCUACUGAGCCAACCAGAAGGAGCAUUUGUCAUUCGAUAUUCAGAAAGUAAAUCGAAAUGUUUGGCACUAUCAAUGAGAGUUCCAGUUACUCAUAAUCCAGCAGGAAUAUCUCAUUAUUUGAUUAUUCGAAAUGAACAAGGAUUUCGAUUGAAGCUCUCUGCCACCAAAAAACCGUUUCCAUCUCUUCAAAUGAUGCUCACUCAUCACUCCGUUCUAGAAAGUCAUCUUCCAUGUACACUUCAUUUUGUUCAUUGGCAGAAGACUAAUUUCAAACAAAUGAGACCAAUGGGUAUUGUGGAAAGACAACCAAGAACGUUCAAUCGACAUUCAAUGACUUUGACAAAAAUUGAUGAGAAUAGGAAUGUAACAGCUACAUCAACUCCAUUCCACGCGGCUGGAAGAUGUGGAGAAGAUUUCACAACUCCGAAGAAUAGAAGGACUCGCCACGAAAUUAAUGCAAUUCGUCGAUCACACUUUUUCGACGAUCGGCAAAUUGUUCUAUAA